GCUGUGCUUAGUAAACAAGACAGACAUCAUGUGUAUCAUUUAUGGUACAGCGCAGCUUCUGUAGUCUUUUGUGAGGGGAGCGGAGUGCUUUCAUUACAUGAAUGGGAACUUGAGUGUGGAGGAACAAAAAAGAAAAAAACAUCUAAUAAUAAGGUUGGCCUCUGUUAUUAUGCUAUGUUGCACAGGCCAUUUGCUCCGUUCAUUUAGUCAAUGCCCAGCUCUGUUGUGUUUGGGUGUAUUUGUAUAAUGUGUUUGUAUCUGGGUUUUUCUCACGUUCACUGGAAAAAGGAGCACUUGGUUGGGAGAAAAAUACACAUAAGCAACAGAUUUUCCUACAGACCACCAUGUUGCACGUGUCCAGUAUGAAAGCUGAUUGUCUUUGAAAAAGAUUACUACUAGAUUCAAUGACAAACUCCCAGACAGAGGAUCAGGAAAACACAAGGUGAUGCGCCAUAAGAACAGAAAAUGGAGGAAAGCAGCGGGGGAAAUCGAUCCAAAGUGCAAAGGUCAUGGAAUACUUCAUCCGUCUGUGAUGGCCAACCCUCUUUAAGAAAAUUCACUAUCCCAAGAAGAAAAAAGCAUUCUGAGAAAACUUUCUUGGAAGAUUGCCCGACAGAUUGGAGAGAGUACAGCUCUAUUCGUUCAAUCUUAAAAGAAUCUAGACUGGACAUCAGUCGUGAUAUCUUUCUGACCUGGAAGUGUGAAGGUGUUAAAUGUGUCCACAAUGAAGAACUUGAAAAGGAAUUUGCUGAAAAGAGGUCCGAGAUGCGUUCAAAAGGGCGAAAUAGAAGAGAAAUGGAAGAGCGUUUCUGCUUUUUAGUAACUUCUGACAGUGUGGCCAUGCAGUUGUAUAAAGACGGUGUAAAAACAGAUGCUACAGCACCAUCCACACUUGGGAAUCCUUUACAUGGGAUUUACUUAUACAGGCACGUGGAUGUGGCUUUGAAGCACAGCUGCCAAAAAUCAUCAGACGCUGCGCAAAGAAUUGUGAUUUUUAAGGUGAUAUUUGGAAAGGUGAAGAAUGUUCAACCAUGUUUCGGGAAAAAAGUUGCCCUGGAUCCCACAGUAAAGGCCGACUGCCAUAUGUCUAAUAAUCCAGCCAGCCCGAAAGACACUGUCAUUCAGCAGGUGGUUGGCUCAUCUAUUUACUUGUUUGACUACAGUGAAGAUCAAGAACUGGUCAGCAGGCCAAGACAGUGCUUGCCCUAUGCAGUUGUCUCAAUCAGUGGUUUAGCCAAUGACACCAUGGCGCCUUCCACAACUCUAUUAUCUUUGAAGAAGCCAUACCCUAGGGAACUGAGUGGUGCAGUGAAAAAUCAUAGAAUUGAUAAGAGGAGGGGUAGAGGUCAGAAUGCUACUGCAGUCUAUAAACAAUUUGGCACGCUGGAGAACCCAGGAAAGUCACCAAGCUUAAUUUCUCCAGGGAGCUGUUCAGCCAAUUACAAUCCAGGGAAAACCCAAAAUGGAAGGUUGUUUAAAAGGCAACCAAAUAUAGCAAAUGAGCAUGAAGGUGAAAACAUUCUACUAAACUGUGGUGUAUGCACUCCUGAGCAGCUUUGGAAAAGUACUUUAAAUUUACCUGGAAUCUCUUUGUUUCUCCACCGCAUCACUGAGAAGCCGCAAGAAUCAAGUGUUGCCAAAUGUAGCACAGCAUUGUGUGGUCCCUCCUUCACGUCUGUCGUUACUUCACGGGUUACGAAGGAUCCGAGGUUAUUAAGGAGAAGAGCGGCUACUUACGAAGAAAAACAAGGAAUUAUAGGUCAAGGGUUGAAACCUCAACAGCUGGAGUGCCGUGCUGGAAAUGAUCCUAAACACAAUGUGGGUGCUGUAGGGAUGCAACAGGAUGAACAGGAAAAACAGGCAAAGAAAGCUGUAGGGCAUACAGAACCUUCAGUGCAAAGUGCUCAUAGCAAACUGGAAUUGACUAAGAGAACUAAAAACUCCUGCCAGAUGGAAACACAUUCUAGUCACUCUCAACUUGGCAGUUCUAAACACCUUGAACAGGACCCGCCUGCCAGCCUGCUAAAAGAGAAGUUUAAGAAGUAUGCAGAGUAUCUUGUUAUGUCAGACAAAGACAGAAUAGCAAGAAUUGAAUCUCUAAAGAAUGUAUCUUCAGAAGUAAAGAAACUUCUGUACUGCAGGAUACAGUUUUAUGAUCGGUACUAUAAGAAGAACAUGAAGUGUUCACAAUAUGACUCCAAAAUGACCCCAGUAUCAAGUGUGCCUAUGUCGGAAAAAUCUCCAAGUCAAAGGUUUCUAUCUAAACUAAGUAAAAUUGAUGAUGGCUGUGCUAAGGAGUACUCUGGGGUCCUGGGGUACACCGGUAAUCUUGACCCAGGGCCAGGUAAAAUGUCCACAGAACUACAGCAAGAUGAUAAAACAGCAGCUGCAUGCAAAAGCAAUGCAAGGUGUGUGGAAGCCUGUAACAAACCGAACAGCAUGUGUGCAGGGAUUCAUCUUAAUCCCUCUGAUCCCAGCCACCCCGACCUCUGUGAAGAGAAAAAGCAGAAAAAUCCAAAAAGUGGGAUCACUCCUGGUCUUGUAAAGAGUAAAGAAGCAGGAGAUGCUCUGAAAUCAUCAUCGGAAUUAGAGAGCGUGAAGUUUAAAGAACAAAAACAAUCAUUAGGAAUAAUGAAUUGUAAAGAUGCAGAAUCUAAAGUGCAUAUGUCUGACAAAUCGAAAUGCACCAAUUCUGUAUCCAUGAGCAAAGGGGAGUUCAGUGAAAUGUUUGCUGAAAGCAAAUCAGCAGAAAUGGACCAAGAGGUUAAUGGAGAACAUGGGGCUACAAAUCACAGCCUUCUUCAAAGCAAUGGAGUGCAUGAAACAUCAUUAGAUCUGGUGGACAACAAAUUGAAAGACAAAGAUGCUUUGCUUAUCAUUAAGUUAGGUGACAUUUUUGCAGAAGGCAAGUCUACAGAAUUGCAACAGCAUGGUAACAAAGAAAAUGUAUGCCAUAGCACUGCUGAUAGUCUAAAGGAAGCUUUAGCUGAAUCAAUAGACCCCCAACCCAAUGUGAAUGAAAAUAGCAAACCUAACAAAAUGUUUACAGGAAUUCAGCCUCUUACAGCUAAUGGCAUGUGUGAAGAUAAAAGUAUGAAAAAACCAAUGGAAGAGAUAACACAUAACCUCCAAGAAAAAGUACCACAAUGUGAUAUGGAAACUUCGGAAGAGUUAGAGAACAGCAAACAAAAAGUAAAAGUACUCAUUGAAGACGAAGUAAGAUAUGCAAUACAUAUGUCUGCAGAAUCUCAUUGUAACAGUUCUGUAUUCAGAGUCAGUCGAAAUGAUGGUAUUAAAUUAACCACUGGUUAUCAUGCCCCAGAGUCAGGUGAUUUUUUAACUAAAAGCAGAUCAACAGAAAUGCAACAAGAUGGUACCUUAGAAAAUACUUAUGAGAGCACUACUGAGUGUCAAAUACAGUGCUCAGUAGAAUUGGGAGACUCUAGAUCCAAUCUGCCUUUCACGUAUGAAGAAAACAAACCGAACAAUAUGUUUCCAGAAAUUCCACCUGAUCCUAUGAAAGAAGAUGUUUGUGAAGCGAAAUGUACAAAAACCCCAAAAGAGUGCAUAACACAUAACAUUCUACAGAGUAAAAGAACACAACAUUUGGAGUUCGAUGAUUUUUUUCCCAAAAGCCAGUCCACAGAAAUGCAACAAGGUGUUGAAGCAGAAGUUGGAUUAAAAACUGCAACUGAGUGUUCAAAGGAAGCCCAAUGGAACGAUUCACUUGAACAUUGGAACGUUGAAGAAACAGAACCUAAAACAGAGGAACUCCUAUGCAUGGAUCUAGAAUCUGGUAAAAUUGAACAUUGCUGUAGAGAAGAAGAUUUGUACAUUUCACAUUAUGAGGAAGUAUGCGGUAUUGAUGUUUUUGAAACUGCAGAGUGUACAGAGUCGGAUGUCAUAGAUCUACCGAUCUCUCAUGUGUGCAUUGAAUCUGAUAGAAAUUGGACUGAGGGAUCUGCACUUGACUGCAUGUGUGAAGAUUUUAGUGCCAGUGAACACGAAAGCCCCAAUAAUAUGGACGAUUUUCAGUCUUCAGAAUCAGUUUACUGGUUUCUACACAGAAGAAUACUGUGCAGGACGAUGUCACUCUCAACCAGCCAAAGUGAAACCAAAAUGGCUUCAGAUAAAGAUUAUUUUAAAGACAAAAACCCAUAUUUCAACAAACAUAGAUCGUUUUGCAUUUCUGAAAACAAACAUGCACAUUCUGAUGUCAGAGUGGUACCGCAAUUACAAAUUAAAAUUUUCAAUGAUGUAAGGACAAACUGUAUUACUAAACCUCAGUUCGGUUCACUGUUUUCAAAUUAUACCAGUCAAUCUACAUGUUUUGACACUGAAUAUCGUACAGAGAACCUAAGCUCAAAAUCUACAGCACUGGUUGAUGAUAUUCCAACUCAGCAUGUUUUGAAGGAGACAAAUCCAGUGCAGACUGCCACACCGUUGUUCACUGCCAAGCAUAGAGUUGAUGAGCAGAGUCAAGAGCUCUGCUUUGAGGGCACUGCAAUUAAGGACACACUAGAAAGUAAAAAGCCUGUUGCAGUAACCCCAAAAUACUCCACACACCAGAAUCUGGGUUCUCAGGUGAUUGUUGAUAACUACCGUUGUGUACAAAAGUUACCUGAUGCACUAAAGUCAAUCACACAGUCCAGUUCUCCAAGUAAGGAACAGCCAUUGGUAAACCAGGCAGGCACUAAAAUGAUCCAUUACUCAGAAGGAGAUAGUGUUGUAUGCAGAGAUACAGUUAAUGUUUUCAACGCAUCAAAAGAAGAGUUAAAAAGCAUUGUAAACAAACUUAAGAGUGAAGUUCCGUUAUGUCAAAGCAAGAGAUUGAAUAAGACCCUGACCAGGGAUCUGAGUCCCCUAAGCAAAGCCCUCAAGAGACUUCCUAAAUCUUCAAAACAAUUGGUACAAUCUCUUGUAAAAAGAAACCAAAAACCAAGACAGAAAACGGGUGAGCUGGUAGAAGUGUGUGAUAACUUAAAACCAAGAAAGCAUCUGUCACGAACAGCUCACACCAAAAGUAAAAGAAAUAUCAAUAGUAACCGCUAUGUGAAGAAAAAUGAAUUAUGCUUGUCAAAGAAUGCUUUAAACACUCACAGAAAGGAUGAGGAAAAGAGUUUAAAGCAGCAGGUACUAAGUAGUGCAUUUAGUUCUGGGAAUUCUAAACUGACUUGCAUAAAGAAUCAAGGAAUCAACUCUGAAAACGGUAGAGAGCCAUCUUUGACAACGGUUUUGAAAAACCCCUCAGAUACUGAAAGUGGUGCUAAGGGGCUAAAUUGUGAACAUAACACAGAACAAGACAGCAUUUGUCUGUUUGGUGAGAAAAAUAGGACUUUCAAUGUUCUUGCAGCCAAUUGUGAUCAUUCAAAUAUACCCCAGGUUGAGGAUGAGGCAAGGAAAAAAGAGUAUUCAAAAUCUUCUGAAGCAAAGCAACGUUGUGACACUGUGAUACACAAAAAGGAUGAUUCUGUUAUUUUAACCAAAAAUGAAAAUGAGAACACCAUGAGCUGUGUAAACACAUUUACAGCAACAUUUCAGAAAGGUAAUGCAGAUGAGAACAAGAAAGAAACAAACACUGACGUUACUAAAUCUCCAACCCAGGUAAAUUCAACUGGAGAAAAAGCAGAUGGUCUUAAUUGUAAGGCUCUUUUUUCUCCAACUGGGACAUAUUGUGACACUAUAUUAGAAAGCACAGGUCAUUUUCACACUUCAAGACCAGAGGCCGUGGAGGAUAUCCAUUCUUGUGAUGGUGAGAGUGUGGAUCGUGGAGGGAAGAAGACAAAAAACUUUCAGUUGACUAUUUCAGAGGAUAAAAACCAGGCAGCUAAGACGAAGGAAGAUUUAGAAGAUAAAACUCAAACCGUGCAUAAAGGUUAUGCCGAGAAGGGUAAAUCCAUUGGUUACAAAGAGGUUGCUGUGGAGGAAGUGAGUUCCCAUGCAGUGACUGAUUUAAGCAAUGGAAAUGGGCAUCAAUCACAAUGGGAGACUCUGCCAGAAGCACAUGAGGAGAAAAGUGAUGAAUCACCUAGCACUGUAUUUGAAGCCAAUAGUUGGACCUUCAGUUGGAAGCAAACCCAAGGUGGCCAAUUUAGGUCUUCUAAAGUACAAGAUACAAGCUGGACAUCAAUACCAUUCAUAACUGAUGAACCGAUGGAAACAGAGAUCAACUCAAGAAACUUUCGACCUGUGUUAUCUCAUGACACAGCACUCCAAAACGAGGCUCAUUCAGUUAGUUUUCCUUCAAAAAAAGAGGAAGAGGUAGACUACCCAAAGAGCCUGAAAUCAAUGCAAUCAAGUAAUGUAUCUCAGACUAAUAAGAACCAGCAUUCCAAGCGAGAUCCUGAAGAUAUUAAAAUCACAAGUUAUGAUGUUCAUCAACUCGAACCCCACAUAGAAGCUGCGCUAAGUGUUCAAACGGUUCAGAUGGAAUUACAGACCACUGAGUCCCCUGACACUACGAUACAGAUUCAAAGUGUGCAUCCCAAUUCAAUGCAAUGUAACGCUGACUGGAUACGGUCUUCUGGGACACCAAAAAUAAGUUAUUCUUUUAAACAAGAAAAAAGCACAGAGAUGAACGCUAAUUGCAAGAGUAGCACUGAUACUAUGUUAUCAGAACUGGAAUCAUUUUACACUACACUGUAUCUAAAAGAAAAAAAUGUGAAAGAAAUAUCUCGUAUUUUAAAACAAGCUGAUGGUACGUCAUCACUUGAUCAGCUGUACCUGCAAAGUUCAAAAUGUAAGAAGAUGCUUCCUUAUUUUAUUUCAGCUUUUGAGAGGGAACAGGGUGUUGAUUUUAAGGAGGUAUUUGUUUCGAGAGAGUUGUUGAUCGAGAAAAACCUAAAAGAUGUUGCUAUGCCAGUAAAGCUAAAAUCCACUGCGUUGGAUUCAUUAUUGGAACUUCAAAUGAUGAUGGAAGCAAUGCAGUUUGUGGAAAACAAAAUAAACUUUCUGAAAGGGUUACCAACAUUCAGGAGUUUGCUUUGGUAUGACACAACACUGUACAGUGAGCUCCUCAAGGGAAACUCAGGAUAUCAACAACAGUCUUCAUUAUAUCUGUCAUUCCAGGACAAAAUCGACCUUGGUGGUUUUGCUGAAUUAAGAAAAUAUCACUCUCAGUUGUUGUGUUCAAUGCAUCCAAACACUGAGGGUAGUUCUUACUACGUGUACCUAAAGAACACAAGAGAACUAGAGGAGUGUAAGGCUGUGUUGCAGAAGUAUUCGGAUUGCAGUAGUUUUUUUCUGUCGUUGCCGUUUUCUUGCGGAGUCAAUUUUGGAGACUGUAUAGAAGAUUUAGAAUUGCUCCGGAAAAAUAUAAUCUCUUUGAUUGCUACCUAUCCAAGUCAUCCAAAAGAGGAAUGUGAUGUAGGGAAGCUGGAACAUCUUUACAGCAUGCUUGGUAUAGUUUAUGGAAAAAUCAGCUUCCUGAAGAACAAUGCAGUACUCGACAGGAAAAUCUCCUUUUUCGGUGUAGAACAUAUUAUGUUUGAUGUUGCUAAGACACUAGUAUGGCAGGAACAAAGACAAGCGGAAGAACAGAUUGCUGGUACUAGGAAGAGGAUAAAAAAACAAACAGCACUCGGAAUAAAUGAAGAUGCCAUUUGUAAGCUGCGGAAAUUGUAUGAGAAAAUAGCUGCAGAUGCAAACCACUCCGAAGUUCCAAUCACUGAUCGGAAACUGAAAGCUUCUGAUUCUGAGAAGAAACGACCACGUUGUGAUCUUGAUGAUCCUGAGCAAGUCAUAGAUCUUGAGCAUAAAAAGAGAAAGUACAAAGAAGCCACUUUGGAAGACAAGUCUCCAGAAAAAGAAAGAAAUACACCAAAAAACAUUAACACUAAUAAGCACCCUCCUUUGAUUUGGACUUAUGAAAACAUGGUUUGCUUAACUGAGCUGAAAGAAAAUCCUGCAGAAGAAAAACCUUGCCAAGGAAACCCCCAAUAUCAGCUUCCUUUGACAGGAAUAAUGCAGUCUCCCACAACGCCUGCUCUCCAGCCUAGUAUAAACACUGAAUUUGCUGUGCAAGUCCAUGCUAGCUUGCCACGACAGUCAAGCAUCUCAAGAAGAAAUUAUCGUACCAAAGCUGUGAAAAAGAAUCGACUGGCUAUGGAUAAAAAUGGGAAAAGUGACCAACAGAUCUGGAACCCCGUAUGCUCUGACCGUACACCUGCUUCACAAAACCUUCCUCUAAUGUCACAGGACAAGAAAUGCACCAUUGUGAGUUAUGAUCAGUUGAGUUGCACAGAAGGGAGAAAUGUCUUGGCCACGCAGUUCUCUAAGCAAUGUCGGUUUUCAGCAGCUGGGCCGAAAGAAUGUCCCUCUUCCUCACUCUGUGGUGCAACCCCAUCUUCUCAGUGUAAUUUAGUCAGUACCCUCAAUGAACAAAGGAAGGCCAUUGUGGGUUCCAGCAUACCUGCUGAAACACAGAGUGGUGUCCUACAGCAGCAAACACCACAUGGUCAGUCUUCAAGCAUACCAUAUCCACGUUAUUGGUUUCCGUAUCAGGAUGACAGGGCAGAGACACACGGCUAUCCCGGUGAUGCAGUUUCAUUUCAAAACCAACAGCUUGCUGUAUCAUAUCCUAUUCCUCCUCACACAAGCACCACACAAUAUGCUUCAUAUUUCAAUGACCCGCAACACCUGGACUAUAGUUCAGACUAUAUUUACCCUCAUGACUACAAUACUUGUUUAGUUUACUCUGGAUACACUUAUGCCAGUGGUAAUUCUCAGUUACCUGAUGUGGGAACUCAGCCUCUGCCAGGAUUUAACGUUCCUUAUUCGUACCCACAGUGUCCAGAAGCAGGAUUGUGGCCAUCAGUUUCUUGGUCCUAGGAUUCAGGGAGGAAGUCCUGCUCCAAACAGUAUUCUUCAUGUUUGAGAUGUAAACAGCGUCAUUCCAGAACAUAUAUCUUCACGUCCUUUCACAAACAAAAUAAAUGACUGUACAUGUAUUUGUUUUAAGAAUUGUGUUAUAAUUGUGACUUUUUGAUUUCUGGAUGGUAAAGGUCUGCUUUGAUCCUCAGUAUCAUACAAGAAGAACUACUUGGCAGUAAUUUUACAAAGCUGCCGCUACCUCGCUGGCACCGCCUCAUGUGCCUUUAAGGUUCCAACUUCUCUUUUGCGGGGUUAUAUAAACACUGCAUGAUAAACAUGUGGGUGACCUUUACAUUGACGUUAUAUACCGUAGCUGCCAUAGAGUGUGUAUUCUGUAUAGAGACAGUGCUGUUUGAGUUGUCUUUACAUUUGGAACACAGCUGUAUUGAUUGAUUUUCCCAGCUGAGUUCCACAGCUGGUGUUGUCCAGUAAAAUAAAGCAUUUUGCUGCAACAUUGUUAUGACCUCUGGCUAUAGCGAUGAUACAGAUCGCACCUUUAUGUUUACAAAUUAUUUGACCAUAGCCAUUCUACAUUAUGCCACAUGGAUUUUCUGUUUUUUGUUCACAAAAAAAAUUAAAAUAAUGAGCCAGGUGGUACAACAUUGUGGUACAAAAAAAAAAUAAUUGGAACAUUGUACAUAAAGCAGUUUAAACACUAUUGAGUCGUUGUGU